CGGCUUCCUCGCUUUACGACAGCAACAACUAUGGCGGCGUUCAGUGGAAGAUUCGAAAGUGCUAAGAGUAUCGAAGAGCGAAAAGAACAAAUCCGAAUUGCACGGGCGGAAGUAUUACGCCAGGCCAAAAGUAAUUUUGAAAAAGAACAAAGAUGCAAAGAACUUAAGCAACUUCGAGGUGAGGACACAUGGAUGCUACCUGAUGUGAAUGAGAGAAUUGAACAGUGCUCACAGGAACACUCUGUGAAGAAAAAGAAGAAAAAGGACAAGCAUUCAAAAAAAGUGAAGAAAGAAAAGAAAAAGAAGAGCAAGAAACAGAAAUGUGAAAAACAGAGUGAGUCGACUGACAGUUCCUCAAGCUCUGAUGAGUGGGUUGAGGCCGUCCCUUCCCAGACACCUGUUAAAGAAAAGACCUGGAAAGUGAAAGACAGAAGGCCAGAAAAAGCAUGUGACAGCCACAUUAUGCAGCGGGAUGAGUGGAUGACUGUUGAUUUUAUGUCUGUCAAAACUGUGUCCUUAUCAUCACUCAAAGCUGAAAAGGAAUCUCUAAGGAAAAUAGAGCGGGAGAAAGCCCAAGCGCUAGAACAGUCCAAACUACAAGAAAGAGAAUUGAAUCCAUAUUGGAAGGACGGUGGGACAGGUCUACCAUCAGAAAAUUGUAUACCGGCAGUUACUAAAGCUUCAGGAGUAGAAGAUGGAGGAUUAAGCUGGCUAAGAAAGUCUUAUCAAAGAAUGAAGGAACAAGCUCAAAAAGAAAACAGAAAUUUUGAGGAUAUUGUAGUGGAAAAAUAUGGGUCAAUGGAAAUAUUUCAGUCAAAAUUAAAAGAAGCUGAAAAAAUUGCAUGCAAAAGAGAAGACUGUGGACGGGAACCAUGGAGGAAGCCUGCAUAUUCAGAUAGAGCACAGUGUAGUCAAGCAAGUGGCACUUCAGACUUAGUGAAAUGUAAGAAGCACUCAGAGGACAGACACUUUGCAAAAGAGGUUGCAAACAGUAGCAGCAGCAGCAGGAGCGACUAUAAGUUUAGUGGUCUUGACUUAGGGAAGAGAUCUGGGUCUUUAGAAAAAUGUAGAAGAGAGUCUGCCCUAGAACAAAGGCAAGAAUCUUCUGGAAAUUUGAGACCUAAAUUCUUAAAACCCUCUGAUAAGGAUGAACUAUCAUUUCACAGCAAGAGGAGAAAUUUUGAACCAUCUACUUCAUCUACAUUAGUGGCUCCAGCUUCUUUACAUUGUGAUUUUCAAAAACUCACAGAGAACAGUGAAGAAAAUUUGACUUCCUGGAUCCUGUCUGGUGGAGAGAAGGAACAAAAACAUUCAGAUCAAAAGCCACUGGAAACCUGGAGCUGGAGUGCUGAUCAGCACUCUCCAGGAGAUAGGAGAGAACAGUUGCAGGCUGAGAACUUGAGGGGUGACCUACCAAGAAGAGGACAUCUGCAGGAUACAAAGUCAACAUUUGCUGGUUGUUCAGAGGCAGAGUCCACCUGUAUCUUGAAUAUUGAUGAAAAGAACAAAUUGGGUGCCAAGAUUAUCAAGGCAGAGAUGAUGGGGAAUAUGGAAUUAGCUGAACAACUUAAAGCCCAACUUAAAGAGGCAAAUAAAUUUAAAGAAACCAUAACAGAGAUAUCAGCAAAAAGAUUCAGAGUAGAGCAUGAAGAUGAAGAAGUGAUCCUUAUUAGAACAGAUGAAUCUGGACGAAUGUGGCCUGUGAACACCCCUGGAGAGACCCUGGAUAUGAAAACAAAAAGAAGGAAGAGACAAAGAGUUUCAACCCAUGAGGAUAAAGAAAGGAUCCGAUACUUUCCUGAUGAUGAUCAUCUUAGUCUCAAUGAUUUAGUCAAGAAUGAGAAGAUGGGAACAAAUAUUGAUCAAAACAGACUUUUCAUGAGAAUGGCAUCUAAGUUCAUGGGAAAACCAGAUGGAGACCAUUAUACUCUGGAUGACAUGUUUGUCUCCAAAGCAGCUGAAAAAGAACAUCUUGGUGAAAAGGAAGAGAGUCAGAGGAGGAAAGCAAUUGCAGAGCACCAGAGUCUUGCCACACAGAUGGCCAAGUGUCUGUACUGUUUUGACAGCUCUCAGUUCCCCAAGCACCUUAUUGUUGCCAUCGGUGUGAAGGUUUAUUUAUGUUUACCCAACUUCCAAUCUCUUACUGAGGGCCACUGCCUCAUAGUCCCUCUGCAGCACCUUCAAGCAGCUACCAUGUUGGAUGAAGAUAUCUGGGAGGAGAUUCAGAUGUUUAAGAAAUCAUUGGUAAAGAUGUUUGAAGAUAAAGGAUUGGAUUGUAUCUUUUUAGAGACUAAUAUGGGCAUGAAGAAGCAGUAUCAUAUGAUUUAUGAGUGUAUCCCUCUCCCAAGGGAAGUGGGUGAUAUGGCUCCCAUCUAUUUUAAGAAAGCCAUAAUGGAAUCUGAUGAAGAAUGGUCCAUGAAUAAGAAGUUGAUUAAUUUAUCUUCAAAAGAUAUUAGAAAGUCUGUGCCCAGAGGCUUGCCUUACUUUGCUGUAGACUUUGGCCUUCAGGGAGGAUUUGCCCACAUCAUUGAAAAUCAACACAAAUUUCCUCGUUACUUUGGAAAGGAAAUCAUUGGUGGUAUGCUGGAUCUAGAGCCCAGGCUUUGGAGGAAGGGCAUUGGAGAAAGCUUUGAGGACCAAAGGAAGAAAGUGUUGCAGUUUGCUCAGUGGUGGAAACCAUUUGAUGUCACCAAAAGUAAAAGCUCUUAAGUGUAUCCUGCAUGUGUCAUUUCCUCUGCUGAGCCCACUCAGUUUAUGUUUAUUAUAUUUAUAAGCAACUUUGCCUUGGCCCCUAGGGAAGGGAGCAAGCAGCAGCUGGCCACUCUAGUCACUGACACCUAUGUUAGGUCAAGUUGUUUUCUUCCUUAUGGCUCCUGGAGACUUAGUUUGGUGAUUGUGGAAUAAGAGCAGGUAUAUCAGGAUAAUUGGUUCACAUUCCUUUCUGUAUCUACUUCUGGCUAUUCCAAAUUAUUUGGUUACUCUAGAAAAGGACUCCAGGGGAAAGUGAGUCUGCUUCCAUGUAGAGUCUGUCGCCUAGCUUCUAUUUUGCUUUUUAUAUAAAACCAGAUGUAUUCAGUACUAAGUGAAAUUUAUUUUCUUAGUUUUAUGGAAGAGUUCUUUUUUUUUCUUUUUCUACUAGUAGCAUAUAGUAUCACUCUGUAUUAUCUCUGUUAAAGAAAAGGAUUAAAAAUUAAAUGAUAAUGAAUAUAUACAUAAACUCAAACUUGUUUUUAUUUUGGACCUUUAAAUAGUCUGAAUUUUGGUAAUUUCAAAAGCAAUUUUUCUAAAGAGCACAAUUUUCAGUUGUUUGGGGUUCAUGUAAAGUUAAAAUCUGUAGCCAAAUCACUCUGUUGGGGUCUUAAUGUUGUCACAAAUGUUCAAUAAUGUAAGUAUUCAGGGAAUGUUUUCUUGUUCCUACUUGAUUAAAGGUAUUUAACUUUUAUUGUUCUCAACAUUUGAUCUUGAGAAAACCUUGUAUUUAUAACAUGUGUGUUAUAAUAAGACUUUUUUAAAAAUUCAAA